AAUUUAAUGAUUUGAAUUCGACCAACGUCGCGUGUACUUUUUUCAAGAAUUUCAUAAUAAUCAACCUGAUAUUUGGUCAGUUUUGAAAUUAUCAAUUUUUUUUUUUACCACGAAGCACAUAGGUACCUACGAUCUACCUACAUGAGCAGAGUUGGCACUUCCUGAUAUGUCAUACACGUACAGGAUCUAGAUUCGAUUCAAAUUACAAGUGAUAAGGAUUUUUUUAGAGUAUAAAUUGAUAGCGCAGUUUCACGGAUGUCAGUAGUGAUUCAAAGCUUGAAACGAGUGAAAAUUACAAAGUUGAAAUAAAUCUCGAAUCGGGUGUCGAGUUUCCUGUGGUUUAUCUGUAACAUAUCGUAAAUAGCGGAAUCAGAAUACAAGAACUACCUACUUAAACAUGAUGGAAACAUAUCGUUUGAUUGCUGUGAAAUUUGUUUUGCCGUUGUUGAUGAUCACAUGUUUAGUUCAAGCUUCUCCCUGGAAAUCUGCCAACUCUACUGAAGUAUCACUUGAUGAUAUGAAUAUUUCAUGGCCAAGUGAAAACGAAAUUGAAGCUUGUGAGAAGGAUGUUCGGAAAUGUGCAGAAUUCCCUCAGUAUCCAAGGAUAUAUAUUGAAGAGUUGAUAAGAAAUGGCACCAUCUUACCACAAUGGUUUAACGGGAUUGAAUAUAAUGAAGGAAUUGGAAACGCCUCCACAAAUGACGAUAGUUUUUAUUAUCAGCCUUUAUGCGGGUCUGGCAGUGAGACGUUGUAUCCAAAAGGAGGAAAAACUAGCAAAGGAGAGUUUGCUUAUAUAAUUCAAAUGCCAGAUAAUGGUAAUUACUCGCAUUAUCGUCAAGGAGUUGAAGACGCAAAUUGCGAAAAUGAAUCAAACUGCACCACAAAGGAUAACGAGAAACUUACAGAUGUAGCUACAGGCGCUUCUAAAGAUUAUGAAUAUAAAUGUAUAAAAGUAAUCUGUGCAUCGUCGAAGUUUCGUGGCAUUGAUAGGAAUAAGAAUAUAGUUGAAGACGUAAGAGUUAAUAUAUCGUGUUGUUGUAUGUGUGAAUACAGAAAACCAAAAUACUCAUUAGUAUCUAUAGGUAAUUAGAUACCUACUGUACAUACAAGGUGCCCAGAAAUAUCGAGUACCCCUAAGAAAGUUUUUCAUUAAAAAUAUAGGUUGGCAACGUGAAAUAGAUGCAUAUGAUUGGUGGAAUAUUAUCUCUCCAGUCCAACAACCAAUCAUGUGCUAUCAUUAUUAUCAUUCACUGUGACCAACCGAAGUAUUUUAGUAGAAAACUUUUUUAGGGGUACUCGAUAUUUCUGGGCACCCUGUAAUAUGUACCUACACUGUUGUAAUAUGUGGGUAGGUAGUUAGCAGUAAGUAAACAAGCACAAUAUGUGUAGGUAUUUGAAGUUUGAUUGUAAAUUGUAGUUCAUUUAGAAUAAAAUAAACGUAUCUACAAGCACA